AUGUGGACCGCGGAUGAGAUUGCCCGGCUGUGUUACGAGCACUAUGGGAGCAGGCUGCCCAAGCAAGGGAAGCCUGAGCCCAACCGCGAGUGGACGUUGCUCGCAGCCGUGGUGAAGAUACAACCCACAGCUGGCCAGGCCUGCGACCGCUCUGACAGACCAGUGCAAGUGACAAAGGAAGUUGUCUCAAUGGGAACAGGAACCAAAUGCAUAGGCCAGUCCAAAAUGAGGAAGAGCGGUGACAUCCUCAAUGAUAGCCAUGCUGAGGUCAUAGCCAGAAGGAGCUUCCAAAGGUACCUGCUCCAUCAGCUCCACUUGGCAGCUGCCUUGAAGGAGGAUAGCAUCUUUCUCCCGGGAUCUCAGAGAGGACUGUGGAAACUCAGACCAGACCUCCUGUUUGUGUUUUUCUCCAGCCAUACACCCUGUGGGGACGCCUCCAUCAUUCCAAUGCUUGAGUUUGAAGAUCAGCCUUGCUGUCCUGUCAGUAGAGAUUGGGCCAGUAACCCAUCAGUAGAAACUAAUGAUAACCUAGAAGCUCCUGAAGAUAAAAGGAAAUGUGAAGACCCAGAGAGUCCUGUGACUAAAAAAAUGAAGCUGGAGCCCAGGACUCCUGAUGGCACAGCUCACCGUCAGAGUUUUGGCAGUGAGGAAAGGGGCCCAAAUCCACCAAACGUCAACAGCUCUCAUCUCACGGCAGAGGAACUGGCCAGUGUCACUGGAAUGACCCCUAGUGGUGCCAGAGUGGUGGACGUUUAUAGAACUGGAGCCAAAUGUGUGCCUGGAGGAGCUGGAGACUCAAGGAAGCCUGGCGCUGCGUAUCACCGGGUGGGGCUGCUCCGAGUGAAGCCAGGCCGGGGGGACAGGACUUGCUCCAUGUCCUGCAGCGACAAGCUGGCACGGUGGAACGUCCUCGGAUGCCAGGGGGCACUACUGAUGCACUUCCUAGAAGAACCCAUCUACCUUUCAGCUGUGGUCAUUGGAAAGUGCCCGUGCAGCCAGGAGGCCAUGCAGAGAGCGCUGUUUGGGAGGUGUCAGAAUGUCUCAGCUCUACCAGAAGGCUUUGGAGUUCAAGAAGUGAAAAUACAGCAGUCAGAUUUACUGUUUGAACAGAGCCGCUGUGCCCUGCAGACGAAAAAGGCUGACAGCCCAGGCCGACUUGUUCCUUGUGGUGCAGCCAUCAGCUGGAGUGCAGUGCCUGAGCAGCCCCUGGAUGUCACCGCCAAUGGCUUUCCCCAGGGGACAACCAAGAAAGGAGUCGGACGCCCUCAGGCCAGAUCCCGAAUCAGCAAAGUAGAGCUCUUUAGGUCAUUCCAGAAGCUGCUAAGCAGUAUUUCAGAGGACAAGUGGCCAGACUCACUCAGGGCGCAGAAGCUGGCGACGUACCAAGACUACAAGGAGGCUGCAUCCACUUACCAGCAGGCCUGGAGCGCACUCCGGAAGCAGGCGUUUGGAUCCUGGAUCAGAAAUCCCCCAGAUUAUCACCAGUUUAUGUGA